AAUUUUCUUGGUUUUCUCAUCCACCAACGAGGAAUUGAAGUCGACAAAAAUAAAGCUAAAGCCAUUAUCGACGCACCCGCUCCUUCUAACAAAAAACAGCUACAAUCAUUCCUUGGUCAGGUUAAUUUUCUUAGACGAUUCAUCUCUAAUUUGGCUGGUAAACUACGGCCUUUCUCUUCUCUACUUAAGUUGAAAAUUGGAGAUGAAUACAAGUGGGAGCCAGAGCACCAACAAGCUUUUGACGAACUCAAGAAGUAUUUAACACAACCCCCAGUGUUAGUACCUCCACAGAAAGGAAAGCCGUUGAAGCUCUACAUAGCGGCCACAGCUGAAUCGAUUGGGAGCAUGUUGGCUCAAGACAAUGAUCAAGGAAAAGAGCAAGCCAUCCAUUAUUUGAGCAGGAUCCUCACACCAGUUGAGAUAAGAUAUUCGCCGAUUGAAAAACUAUGCCUCGUGCUCUACUUUUCGGCGAUUAAAUUACGACAUUAUAUGUUACCAUCAGUCGUUCAUAUAAUUUCACAAACGGAUUUAAUUAAAUAUAUGUUGACUCGGCCGAUCAUCAAAGGCCGAAUUGGAAAAUGGACAAUGGCGCUUUCUGAAUUUACUUUCAAAUACGUGGCCCAGAAGUCAGUCAAAGGCCAGGCAUUGGCUCAAUUUCUUGCUGACCACCCUUCUGUUGAAAUUGAAGAUAUGGAGAACGUUGAAAUAGAUACUGCACAAGUCGGCCAGAUGUACCACGAGCCUUGGCUACUAUAUUUUGAUGGCUCAAGCACUAGUGACUCCGCCGGGGCAGGAAUAGUGAUUGAAUCUCCAACCGGCCAAAAGCAUCAAUAUGCCUUCAAACUGGACUUUAACUGCACAAACAACCAGGCUGAAUAUGAAGCCUUAAUAAUUGGCCUGGAAGUAUUAGAGGAACUUGGAGCAACAAGAGUUAAGGUGUUUGGGGACUCCCUAUUAGUCAUCAAUCAAAUGCUCCAGGUUUUUAGAUGUUCAAAUCUCUCAUUGGCCACUUAUUAUGCCGCCGCACAACAACUGCUUAGUUGUUUUCAUGAUGUGGAAUUUCACCAUCUUCCGCGAGAACUCAAUCGUGAAGCGAAUGAAAUGGCUCAAAUUGCUUCCGGCGUCAGCAUUCCAGUAGGCCAAACUAACAAAAUCAUCAUAAUUGAAAGAAAAUCGUUGCCAUCUUUGGCCGAGAGAGGUAUGCCAGCCGAUGUCUUUGAGUUAGACGUGCCACUUGGUGAUUGGAGAUUUCACAUAAUCCAACACCUUUUGAUGAAAACUGAUGGCGGUGGGAGCCGAAAAAUUAGAAUGUUGUCUAGCAAGUUCACAAUUAAAAAUGGUGAACUGCUGAGGAAAAAUCCUGAUGAUGACCUUCUUCUUCGUUGCCUCGGCUCAGAAGAAGCCCAGUUAGUAAUGGCUGAAGUUCAUGAGGGUAUUUGCGGAGCACACCAGGCUGGGAUAAAAAUGAGAUGGUUAAUUAGGAGACAUGGCUACUACUGGCCAACUAUUCUUAAAGACUGUAUUGAGUAUGCUCGAGGUUGUGCUCCUUGCCAACUUCACGGGUCCAUUCAGAGAGUUCCUGCUUUCCCCAUGAAUCCAAUAGUGAAGCCAUGGCCUUUUCGGGGCUGGGCAAUGGACAUAAUUGGCCAAAUCUCUCCCCCAUCUUCCAAACAGCACAGAUGGAUACUGGUAGCCACAGACUACUUUACAAAAUGGGUUGAAGCCGUUCCAUUCACCUCCAUAAGUAGUGCCGAAGUGAUCAGAUUCAUUGAACAGCAAAUCAUUCAUCGCUUCGGCAUCCCAGAAACUAUAACGACUGAUCGAGGAUCGGUGUUCAUAGCAGAAGCCGUCAUUGAACGAAUGGCCGAGUAUAAGAUUACAAUGCAGCAGUCAACACCCUAUUAUGCUCAAGCUAAUGGACAGGCUGAGGCUACCAACAAGGUCCUCAUCCAAAUUGUGGAAAAGAUGAUUCAGGAAAAUCCGCGUGAUUGGCACAAUCUUCUAUCAGAAACUUUAUGGGCUUAUCGGACCUCCAAACGCUCGGCUACAGGGACAACUCCCUUUGCUCUGACUUAUGGACAUGAUGCAAUUUUACCAAUGGAAAUGACAGUCAGAUCAUUGAGAGUCGCAAUGCAAAAUAAUUUAACAGCCGAUGAAUAUAGUCAGGCAAUGUUGCAAGAACUAGAGGAUCUUGACCAGGCGCGGUUAGAUGCAUAUGAUCGGCUUCAAGCUCAAAAGAAGGUUGUCGCUCGUGCUUACAAUAAAAAGACCAAAUACAAGAGUUUUGGUGAAGGCGAGUUGGUUUGGAAAGCAGUGUUACCCAUCGGCACAAAGGAUCCCAGAUUUGGAAAAUGGUCACCAAAUUGGGAGGGUCCGUUUAUUAUUGACAAAGUUCUUGGAAAAGGAGCAUAUCAAUUGAGAGAUAAAGAUGGCGAACGACACGCAAUGCCCAUUAAUGGCCAAUACCUAAAGAAAUAUUAUCCCACAAUGUGGGAAGCGCGAGCUGCUGAAUAAUGGUGUAACCAAAAGAUGGCCACUAGUUUAUACUGUAUAUAUGUUUAGGCCAUCUUGAUUCUGGCCAAUGCAAUUAAGCCGAAAAGAUUAUUUUUAUCAGAUUUCCAGUUUGUUUGCUUGACCAUUAUACUUCACUUGUAUUUACUACUACAAGAUAUUAUCUAUCCAUGACCCAACGAUGUUUAUGAUAAUCUACCGGCAAGCAAAUAAUUAAUUAAGUUUUUCAUCGGCCCAUAACUUUCAAAUGUUUACAAAAA